UGCGGUUCGCGUUAUAUGAAUGCACUUUUAGUCCCAAAAAGCGACUCUAGCCUCUGGUCCCGUCGAAACGCGCCAUUUGCUGUUCAAGUCAGUUUUCCCGCACGGCAGCAGAUCCUUCUCCCGCGAAACUUCUCUUUCUCACAAGCACUUGGAGCAGAAAUGUCGGAAGAGACCUCAACGAGUUCGAGCGCCGCCGCCAGACCUUCGAUGGAGGACAUAUUCCGGUCGUCAGCAGCCGUGAAUUCUGCCGGAGACUCAUCAGCCUCUGUUUCUGCUCAGACCUUACACUUCUCUUGUGGAAACCCUAGAAUCGAAGAGAUCAGAGGCGUCAUGCGUCUAUACCGCGACGAUGUCGCUUCAUCCUCCUCCCAACUUCCUGUUGAACGAAGGCCUCUUCUGUGUGUGCUUGGGGUGCCCAAUCACAUGACAUAUGCAGAUUUUUGCCAGUUCUGUGGUUCGUUGAUUCAACAUAUGUUGGAAAUGCGUAUUGUCAGGAAUGAGGGGAUAGAGGAUUGCUAUAAUAUAUUGAUCAGGUUUAAUGAUCAAGACUCAGCCGAUAGUUUUUACAAGCAUUUUAAUGGGAAACAGUUCUCAUCUCUUGAUGAGGAGAUUUGCCGCGUGCUUUACACUAUCGACAUCCAGUACACUGGUUCAAUUGAGCAUUCACAGAUUUCUACCACAAGCUCUAUGGAUCAGCCCUCCUGUCCUGUCUGUCUUGAGAGGUUAGACCAGGACACGAGUGGAAUUCUUACAACUAUAUGCAAUCAUUCUUUCCAUUGCUCCUGUAUAUCUAAAUGGACAGAUUCUUCUUGCCCCGUAUGCCGCUAUUGCCAAGAGCAGCCUGAGAAGUCAAUAUGCUUUGUCUGUCAAACUGCUGAGAACCUUUGGAUGUGUAUCAUAUGUGGCUUUGUUGGUUGUGGGAGGUAUAAGGGAGGACAUUCCAUUACACACUGGAAAGAAACACAACACUACUACUCAAUUGAAUUGGAAACACAACGGGUGUGGGACUAUGUUGGAGAUAACUAUGUCCAUCGUUUGAUUCAAUCUAACAUUGAUGGAAAGUUGGUUGAAUUGAACCACCAUUGCAUGCCUACUGAUGGGAUUUGUGGUGAUUGUUCUGGAGGCAAUGAUGCCAUAUUGCACAGUGAAGUUGAUGCCAUAGUGAACGAGUACAAUGAGCUUCUAACUUCACAACUUGAAAACCAGAAACAGUAUUUUGAGUCUUUAUUGCAAGAAGUUGAAGAGGAGACUGAAAGAGAAUCUUCUGCAGCCGUGAAAAAAUCUCUGAGUCAAAAUCCAAAAUUGAUGAAAUUGCAGGCAAAGCUAGAAAAGUGUAUGGAAGAGAAGAAAUUUCUUGAUGAUAUCAAUGAUAAUCUUCUGAGAAACCAGAGCAUAUGGGAAUCUAAGAUAAGGGAUGUUGAAGAAAGGGAAAAGAAGCUUUUAAAUCUGAAGGACGAGAAGAUUCAAGAAUUAGAGGAGCAGCUGAGAUGUUUGAUGGCGUCCAUUGAGGAUGUAAAUACAGAGCAACAGUCUACAGCUUCAAGUGAAUUUACGGACGGGCCAACAAAUACAGAAUCUUCUUCAAGAAAUGGGACGAAAGGAGCCAGAACGACAAGUAGUCGGAGAAAAAGCAAGGGUUGAGCUCUCUGGUUGAUGGCAAUGCUUAGGGCCUAAGGUGAUAUGUUAUGAAAAUCCGAAUUUUAUUUUAUUUUUCAUUUUUUUUCUGUGUGAUGAUUGAAGAAUUCGAAUAGAAUUUCAUGGCUAUUACGUGUGCAGAGCAUAGCAUAGCAUUCAAAAUGUAGCGUAGCUAAUGGUAUUUUUAAUUUGAAAUGUUCAUUCUAAUG